AUUCCUCAUUCAUUAGCAUUUUUACCUUAGCCAAAAACGCAACGUACGCUUACACCCCCUUAUCCUAUCUUCUUCUUCUUCUCCUUCUCCCCUUUCAUCCUCCGCUAAGAGAAAAAGGAAAAUGGCUUCUGCUCUCUCUUCAACUCUAACUCUCCGGUUGCCUGCUAAUUCCAAGCCUUUCACGGCUGCUUCCACCCCGCUCAAACAAUCUGUAAACUUCCCAUUUCGCCAAACCCCAAUUCCACUCCGCCACACUGGCUCCAACUUGGUCCGCGCUGUUGCCGCGGACGCCCCGGAGAAGGUCGUACAAUUGGGGGAUGAGAUUUCCAAUCUAACCCUAGCCGAGGCCCAGAAACUCGUUGAGUAUCUCCAGGAUAAGUUGGGAGUCACAGCUGCUUCUUUUGCCCCUGUCGCCGUCGCCGCUCCCGUCGACGGCGCUGCCGGUGGUGCUGCUCCGGUCGUCGAGGAGAAGACGGAGUUUGACGUGGUUAUCGAUGAGGUGCCCAGCAAUGCCAGGAUUGCAGCGAUCAAGGCGAUUAGGGCCUUGACGAGUUUAGCCUUGAAAGAAGCUAAGGAGGCAAUUGAAGGAUUGCCCAAGAAAUUCAAGGAAGGAGUUAGCAAGGAUGAGGCUGAAGACGCCAAGAAGCAACUCGAAGAAGCCGGCUGUAAAGUCUCCAUUGUUUAAUUAAAACCCCCUGUUGUCGCUUAGAUGAAACACUGUUAAGGAACAAUUUUUUUUGCAUUUUAUUUUAGCAUUAUUGUUAUGUUUUUGCGCAUUUUGGUGAUGAUGAAGAUGGUUGCUUCAUUUUGCUAAAUUAGUAGUUUCCAAGAGAAAAUGGAUAUAUUUAUGUUCAUUCGCAACCCGUUCAGAUUUUUUGUUAUUGUCCUCACAGUUGAAGAUAAUUGAAUAAACACUAAACAGGAUUAGGUAUUUCCACAUUACUAAGAUUUUAAGGAAG